AUGGAUAAAGCAUCUUCUCCAACAAUAACUAAUGAUCUCGAAAAUGUUGAUCAAAGCCCUGAAUCAGAACAAAUAGUCAUUCCUACUAUAAGACAAAAUUUAUUAGCCAGAAGAAAUGCAAUACGACAAAGACGGGAGGCUGUUAGUGGUGAUUUAUCGGAACAAAAUCAUUUGCAAAAGAAAGAUCAACAUAUCGUUACAAAUAGUGAUGAAGAAAAAUGCACCGAGACACAAUUAAUCCUUAAAAGGGGGAAACCUACGUUAAAUGAAGAACGUCAAAGAGCAGUAUCGUUGUCAAACGUCCAAGAGAAAUUGUAUCCAAAUUAUCAGUUAUCUAAUAGAUCACUAGAUGAAUUGAUGCCAGUUCAUCAAAAUGUUACUGUACUUGACGCAAAAUUACAACAAGCUUUUCAAAUGAUACAAUCCGUGAAUAAUAAAAUAAAAGUUUCAAAUGAUAAAGCAGACGAGUUCCUGUUUGGAAUAAAUUUGAAUCAACUAAUACUCCAACAACAACUGGACAAUAUAAAGGAGAGUAUUAGUCUAACACAAACUCCGUCGAGUGACGGUACACUCACAUGGAAAAUAGAUGAAGUUUCUGGUAAAAUAGUUAAUGCACAAUUAGAACAUCAGUUGUCGAUUUAUUCGCCACCAUUCUAUUCAUCUCUAAGUGGCUAUAAAAUGAGAGCUCGUCUGUUUCUACUUGGUGAUGAAAAUGCCCGUCGAACACACAUGUCACUGUUCUUUGUCUUAAUGAGAGGUGAAUAUGAUGCCAUUCAGAAAUGGCCAUUCGAUCAUAAUAUUACCUUCUGUCUAUAUGAUUUAUCCGGUCAACACCAGCACAUUAUUAAUUCAUUUCGACCGGAUACUAAAUCAGACAGUUUUCAAUGUCCUCGUUUAGAGAUGAAUACUGCAUCGGGUUUUUCAAAAUUCGUUCCUCUAGAAAUGAUACAGCGAGAUGAUAGUAGAUUUGUGAAGAAUGAUACAAUGUUUAUCAAAGUUAGUGUUGAUUUUUGUGCGAUGCAUCCCAAUCUUCUGCCACAUAUUCCGCAACCGAUGAAUAAAAAAGAAGUUGAUCGGCAAGAUCUGGCAGCUGCCAUUCCCAUUGAUUCAUACCCACCACCAUGUAAAAGAGCCAGAUAUGUACAAGAUACUGAACGUCAUGUUUCGGAACCAGGAGAACGUAUUGAACGUGCCAUUGAUCAGUCAAUCGUAUACUCAAUACGUUUAGAAUCGUCAGCAGAAAAUGCCGAAGGCGAUGUAGAAGAAUCAACUUUUUAA